CGACUGGACUUGUUCUGGUAGGUGUACUUUUCUUUGAUCGAGGCAGGCUGCCUACUCCUCCCUACUCGAACGCGAUUGGCUGUUCCGGAUCAAGCCGAUCGGCGAUCGAUCAUCAGCUGCUACGCAGUCAGUGCACCUUCUCGAUCUGGCUGGCGGCGAUGGCCGGCUUCUCGGUGAUCACAUCGUCCGUCGGCCUCAUCUUCUUCCUCUGCGUCUGCUUCCUCCCCGCGGCUCCCGUGGCCGGCUUGUUCUUCAACUACUCCACAUUCAGCUCAGAUGACACCAAGGACUUCAAGGUCGAAGGCGAAGCCUACAUCAACCGCGGGUGGAUCGACGUGUCGGCGUUCAACAAGGGCAUCGACAACAGCAGGGGCCGUGUGUCGUACGCCCAGCCGAUGCCCCUCUGGGACAGGGAGACCGGCGAGGUGGCCAGCUUCACCACGCGCUUCGCCUUCGUCAUCGACCCGCCGCCGCCGCUCGGCAUCAACAACAAGGGCACCGGCAUGGCCUUCUUCCUCGCCGCCUACCCGUCCAGCCUGCCGCCCGGCUCCGAGCCCUACGACAUGAGCCUCACCAACCAGAAGCCGGACGCGGUGGCCACCGGCGACGCCCGGUUCGUGGCGGUGGAGUUCGACACCUUCAACGACACCGCGGCGCUGGACCCCGACAGAACCUACGAUCACGUCGGCAUCGACGUCAACUCCAUCAGGUCAGUGGCCACGAGGAGCCUGCCGAACUUCAGCCUCGUCGGGAACAUGACCGCCGAGAUCAGGUACGACAACAUCUCGAGCAUCCUGGAGAUGACGCUACGGCUGGGCGAUAGAAGAAACGAAUCUUACCACCUUAGCCAUAAGGUUGACCUCAAGAGCGCGUUGCCGGAGAACAUCUCCGUCGGCUUCUCUGCCUCGACGUCCACAUCCAUCGAGCUGCAUCAGCUGCAUUCUUGGUACUUCAGCUCGUCGUUGGAACCCAAGGCCGCACUUAUCCCAGCUCCGCCGCCGCCACUACCACCUCCGCCGACGCCGAACACGCCAGCUGGUUCCGGACGCGGUGGACUUAUAGCAGGAGCCACCGUCGGCGCAGCGCUGUUCCUCGUUCUCCUCUUAUCUACGGCAGCUCUCCUCGCACGGCGGCGGCGGAGCAAGAGGAGGGAGCUGGCAGAAGAAUUGGGGGAGGUAGGCGGCUCGGACGACGAAGACGACGGGGCCGAGCCGAUCAUGGAGAUCGAAAUGGGGACGGGGCCAAGGCGAUUCCCGUACCGCGACCUCGUUGCUGCGACGAAGAGCUUCGCGCCGGAGGAGAAGCUCGGGCAAGGCGGCUUCGGCUCAGUGUACCGGGGACACCUGAGAGAGCACGGCCUCGGCGCCGUGGCCAUAAAGAGGUUCGCCAAAGGAUCUUCCAUGCAAGGGAGGAAGGAGUACAAGUCGGAGAUCAAGGUGAUAAGCCGGCUCCGCCACCGGAACCUCGUCCAGCUCGUCGGCUGGUGCCACGGCCGCGACGAGCUCCUGCUCGUCUACGAGCUCGUGCCUAACCGCAGCCUCGACAUCCAUCUUCACGGCGACGGCGACGGCACCUUCUUGACAUGGCCAAUGAGGCUCAAUAUUAUUCUUGGGCUUGGGUCCGCACUGCUCUACCUCCACGAGGAGUGGGAGCAAUGCGUCGUGCACCGCGACGUCAAGCCGAGCAACGUCAUGCUGGACGUGUCCUUCAACGCCAAGCUCGGCGACUUCGGGCUCGCGAGGUUCAUCGACCACGCCGUCGGGGUGCAGACGAUGACCGCCGUCUCCGGCACGCCGGGAUACGUCGACCCCGAGAGCUUGAUUACCGGCAAGGCAAGCGCUGAGUCCGACGUCUACAGCUUCGGCGUCGUCGUGCUGGAGAUCACAUGCGGGAGGAGGCCCAUGAGCUUGCAGGGCGGCAGCCAGAAGAACGCCGUCUUCCGGCUGGUCGAGUGGGUCUGGGACCUGUACGGCCAGGGAUUCGCUCUCGCGGUGGCCGACGAGCGGCUCAAAGGCGAGUACGACGCGGCGGAGGUGGAGCGCGCCGUGUCCGUGGGGCUCUGGUGCGCGCACCCGGACCCGCGCGCACGGCCGUCCAUCAGAGCGGCCAUGGCCGCUCUCCAGUCCACCGGCCCGGUGCCGGCUCUGCCGGCUAAGAUGCCCGUGCCGACUUACGCGGCGCCGGUGAUCCCGCCUGAGGGCCUCUUCUCGUACAGCGCUGCUUCCUCGUCAGGGGUGAUGUCGUCCAGUUUGACUCAGUCGUCGUCGACAACGGCAACGACUCACACCUCCUCCUCGGACACGUCCACUUCAACCGGUUUGAAGGAUUCGUCUUCGCUGCUCAAACAUCAGUAUUGAACUAUUGAUAGAUCCUUCAUUCUAUUUAUUCUUAACUACUAGCAGGGUGCCCCGCGUAAUUGUCCUUCCAGCUAGUAUUAAGAAAUCCUGACUCACAAUUUUCUACUGUACUUUGCUGUUGAUGUUCCUUUUGUCAAUAUUGUUCCUGCUCCUAUAUCACACCCGAGCAUUUUUCA